AUGGCGACCCAGUUGGCGGAUGGGACUGAGAAGACUUGUCAGUUUUUCGACAUUGCGCUCAAGGCCUACAAUAACACCCAUGAAUCAUAUCAUUUACACCCAGGCAUGGCUGAGACGGUGUUAAAGAGCAAGCCAAUUGACGAGCUGCUUGCGGCCAAGCGAAAGGAACUCAAAGACUACAUCUUUCGACUGGCUGCUGAUACUGCCGCCGUCAUGUUUGUGGGUGCGGCUGCAGCCCUGACUGUUGGAAGUGGCUCAGCUAUUGCAUUCAAGAACACGAUCAGGGUUGACGGCUUGGUGCUUAGAAACACGUUCAAGACGUUCUACAGCAAGAUGGAUUGGGACAAGUUCCAUGACAGCAUUGUCAGCCUCAGCAUUUUGCGUGAUUCGCUCACCACGGUCGUCAACUUGUUCGACACGAUCCUGGCCACUUUCUCAGAUACGCUAAACUAUGGACAGGAUCUGCAAAGGCAUCUCAGGUAG